CGACUCGUCCGUUGUCAAUGUGCACUGCAGCUGUGUAUGUGCUCUUAUAAAUGCGAUGUGUCUCACAAUCUAGAAAUCCAACUAGAUAGGAUCCACCAAAACCAACCUUUUCCUCAAUUACAUCGAAAAGGAUAUAUCCUCUCAUCCUAACCAUUGCCACUCGGAAGAGUAUAAUUUUGCUAUAGAUCUGUGAGUUCGACGAUGGCGGCAUCUACAACAGAGUUUCGGAGACAUAAGGCGAAGGUGCUCCGCUCGGAGGAGGACUUGGCACUGGCACUAGCAAAAUAUGUCGCUGACCUUUCCGAUAAGUUCGUCAAAGAGAAAGGAGCCUUCACGGUUGUUCUAUCUGGUGGUUAUCUCAUCAACUCAAUCAGAAAACUAAUACAAGUGCCGUUCGUGAGCUUGGUGGACUGGUCAAAGUGGUAUGUCUUUUGGGUCGACGAAAGGGUUGUCCCAAAGUAUCACAAGGAAAGCAACUACAAACUUGCCUACGACGGUUUCCUCUCAAAGGUGCCAAUCCUUCCUAAAAAUGUGUAUGCCAUCAACGAUGCGCUGUCUGCCGAGGAAGCAGCCUACGACUACGAGACCCGUAUCAGGAGCUUGGCGAGGGCCAACAUUGUCGCUCUAUCAAAAUCCACCGGGUUCCCUAAGUUUGAUAUCAUGCUCCUAAGCAUGGGCCCUGAUGGGCGGGUCGCAUCCCUCUUCCCAGGCCACCCUUUGCUCCGCGAGAGCCAGAGAUGGGUCGCCUUCAUCAAGGACUCACCAAAGCUGCCUUCCCAGAGGAUCACCUUCACCUUCCCGGUGAUCAACUCGGCUGCCCACAUCGCCAUGGUGGUGGCCGGGCUUGGUGAAGUCAAUGCCGUGAAGACGAUCCUGGGUGGAAGUGGUCAUAACUCGGAGCUCUUGCCCGCUCAGAUAGUCUCUCCGGAGGAAGAGAUUACUUGGUUCUUGGAUAAAGAGGCGGCCUCGGGUUACUUGGGAUCAGACAAACCGAAGAAAGAACGUUGCCUUGCGAAAGUUGUAGGGUCUUGCCCUUGUACGGUGAUGUGAGAAUUUUAUGACUCUUAUCGCAUCCGAUACUCUGUAUAAAUUAUAUUGGAUUGUGUGAGGAUCCGUCCACAAAAUAUUCGAGCUCGUAUGGAUAAUUGGUAAAGGGAGGGAAUGAUUGAACCGAGACUAGUCUACAUUUUUUAGAAUUUAGCCCCUGCCUGUACAAUUUAACUAGUUGAAUUGCUUCAAUGUACAUGUACUUCGAUCUAGUCAUCAUGAUCUUUAUCAUUCACGUGUUUGGGCAUUGGUA